AUGGGUAAGAAGAAGGUGAACCCUUUUGAUCGUAAGCAAUUUUAUGACAUUCAAGCUCCAUCUACUUUUACCAAUACUUAUGUUGGUAAGACUUUGGUUAACAAGAGUGCUGGUACUUUUUCUAGUACUGAUGCUUUAAAGGGUAGAGUUUUUGAAGUUAACUUGGGUGAUCUUACUCUGGAGGAUAAUGCUUAUAGAAAGGUUAAGCUUAGAGCUGAUGAAGUUCAAGGUAAUAAGAUCUUGACUAAUUUCCAUGGUAUGGAUUUCACUUCUGACAAGUUGAGAUCAUUGGUUAGAAAGUGGCAAUCAUUGGUUGAGGCUAACGUUACUGUCAAGACUGCUGAUGAUUAUGUUUUGAGAGUUUUCGCUAUUGCUUUCACCAAGAGACAAGCUAACCAAGUCAAGAAGACUACUUAUGCUCAAUCAUCCAAGUUGAGAGAGGUUAGAAAGAAGAUGGUUGAGAUUUUGACCAGAGAAGUUUCCAACUCAACCUUGUCUCAAUUGACUUCUAAGUUGAUUCCUGAAGUCAUUAGUCGUGAGAUUGAAAAGUCUACUCAAACCAUUUUCCCAUUGCAAAAUGUUCACAUUAGAAAAGUCAAGUUGUUGAAACAACCUAAAUUUGAUUUGGGUUCUUUGUUGGCUUUGCACGGUGAAGCUUCUGAGGAAAAGGGUAAGAAGGUUGCUGGUGGUUUCAAAGAUGUUGUCUUGGAAUCUGUUUAA